GGCGGCGGCGUAGGGAGAGAGCGGGCCCUCGGCGCUGACUCCACGGACCUAAGGGGCGGCGGCAGCUGAGGGUCCCCUGGCGGGCGCGUGAUGAGGAAGGAUCAGCGCCCGAUCCUGCGACGCGUAGGAGCUCGCUGGGAUCCAGGGGUUGGCAGCCGAGGGGCCCUGGCCUCAGGACUCUCCGCUGCUAGCCCUAGUCAUCCCUUCUUCGCUUUCGCUUCUCCGCUCUAGCCUGGAGGGGUCUCCGACGGCCGUCCCCGGUUCCGUGUCCCUCUCCUCAUCGUUUCUGGAGGGGUCCUCCCUUCGCGGCGCCUGGGAGCCCGGAGACGCGUCGGUCGGCGGGACGGCUGAGCUGCUUCUCUAGAAAUUAGCCCCUGCUUUCUUACUGCCCUCUCUGCUCCCGCCUCGGCGCCCCUCCGGCUCGCGGGACUCUGCCUCCGGGCGUUCGGGGCCGGGUGUCCGAACUCCCCCAGGGGGCUGGUUCGCAGCGGUCCCUUUCCCUCCGAGGUGGCGCGCGCGCCCCCUGCCCCAGCCGGACACACUCGCGCCCCGGCCCGCGCGCCGCCCUCGCGCCCGCUCCCUCCAGCCACCCCACCCUUAGCCGUCCCCGCCACCUUACUCCACCACCCUCCCUCGCCGCUCCACGCACACCGCGUCCCGGCCCGGCCUCCCGCUCUCCUCUCACCCAAACCGCUCACUUGCCAGCCCUUCGCCCCUGGAGGCUGAAGAAACAUUUCCCGGAGCGCACUCAGCUCUCCCUCCCUCUGCGCUCGCCCUCCCUCCCCGCCCCCCACUCUUUUCUUUUUCUUGGGGGAGGGGGGCUGUCGCCUCAGAUUGAAGGCCAUUGAUUUGUAUGUAUUGGUCCCAGCGCCGGAGGCUGCCCCAGCCGCCCGCGCGGGUGCUGCCGCCGCCACCGCCAGUGGAGUUGCCUCCCUGCUUCCCUAGGGUGGUUAGGCUGCCCCAAACAUGUCGGCUCCUGUCGGGCCGCGGGGCCGCCCGGCUCCCACUCCGGCGGCCUCUCAGCCGCCUCUGCAGCCCGAGAUGCCCGACCUCAGCCACCUCACGGAGGAGGAGAGGAAAAUCAUUCUGGCCGUCAUGGAUCGGCAGAAGAAAGAAGAGGAGAAGGAGCAGUCGGUGCUCAAGAUCAAAGAAGAACACAAACCACAACCGACACAGUGGUUUCCCUUUAGUGGGAUCACUGAACUGGUAAAUAACGUUCUUCAGCCCCAGCAAAAACAACAAAAUGAAAAGGAGCCCCAGACAAAACUUCAUCAGCAGUUCGAAAUGUAUAAAGAGCAGGUAAAGAAGAUGGGAGAAGAAUCACAGCAGCAGCAGGAACAGAAGGGUGAUGCCCCAACCUGUGGUAUUUGCCACAAAACAAAGUUUGCUGAUGGAUGUGGCCAUAACUGUUCAUAUUGCCAAACAAAGUUUUGUGCUCGUUGUGGAGGUCGAGUGUCAUUACGCUCAAACAAGGUUAUGUGGGUAUGUAAUUUGUGCCGAAAACAACAAGAAAUCCUCACUAAAUCAGGAGCGUGGUUUUAUAAUAGUGGAUCUAAUACACCACAGCAACCUGAUCAAAAGGUUCUCCGAGGAAUGCGGAAUGAGGAGGCACCUCAGGAGAAGAAAGCAAAACUGCAUGAGCAGGCCCAGUUCCAAGGACCCUCAGGUGACUUAUCUGUACCUGCAGUGGAGAAAAGUCGAUCUCAUGGGCUCACAAGACAGGAUUCUAUUAAAAAUGGGUCAGGAGUGAAGCACCAAAUUGCCAGUGACAUAGCUUCAGACAGGAAAAGAAGUCCAUCAGUGUCCAGAGAUCAGAAUAGGAGAUACGACCAAAGAGAAGAAAGAGAGGAAUAUUCACAGUAUGCUACUUCAGAUAGUGCAAUGCCUAGAUCUCCAUCAGAUUAUGCUGAUAGGAGGUCUCAGCGCGAACCUCAGUUUUAUGAAGAGUCUGACCGUAUGAAUUAUAGGGACUCCAACAGGAGAAGUCAUAGGCAUUCCAAGGAAUAUAUUGUAGAUGAUGAAGAUGUGGAGAGUAGAGAUGAAUAUGAAAGACAAAGGAGAGAGGAGGAAUACCAGUCACGUUAUCGAAGUGAUCCGAACUUGGCCCGUUAUCCAGUAAAGCCACAGCCAUAUGAAGAGCAAAUGCGUAUUCAUGCUGAAGUGUCCAGAGCACGGCAUGAAAGAAGGCAUAGUGAUGUUUCUUUGGCAAAUGCUGAACUGGAUGAUUCCAGGAUUUCUAUGCUAAGGAUGGAACGACCAUCCAGGCAAAGGUCUAUAUCUGAACGUAGAGCUGCCAUGGAAAAUCAGCGAUCUUAUUCAAUGGAAAGAACUCGAGAGGCUCAGGGACCAACUUCUUAUCCACAAAGGACCACAAACCAUAGUCCUCCCACCCCCCGGAGGAGUCCAAUACCCAUUGAUAGACAAGACAUGAGACGUACUGACUCACUAAGGAAACAACACCACUUAGAUCCUAGCUCUGCUGUGAGGAAAACAAAAAGGGAAAAAAUGGAAACGAUGUUAAGGAAUGAUUCUCUCAGUUCUGACCAGUCAGAGUCAGUGAGACCUCCACCACCGAAGCCUCAUAAGUCAAAGAAAGGUGGUAAAAUGCGCCAGGUUUCACUGAGCAGUUCAGAGGAGGAAUUGGCUUCCACACCUGAAUAUACAAGUUGUGAGGAUGUUGAGAUUGAAAGUGAGAGUGUCAGUGAAAAAGGGGACAGUCAAAAGGGAAAAAGAAAAACUAGUGAGCAGGCAGUUUUGUCGGAUUCUAACACCAGGUCUGAGAGACAAAAGAAAAUGAUGUACUUUGGUGGCCACUCUUUGGAAGAGGAUUUGGAAUGGUCUGAGCCUCAGAUUAAGGACUCUGGGGUAGAUACGUGUAGUAGCACAACCCUUAACGAGGAGCAUAGCCAUAGCGAUAAGCACCCUGUGACAUGGCAACCAUCUAAAGAUGGAGAUCGUUUAAUUGGUCGCAUUUUAUUAAAUAAGCGUCUAAAAGAUGGAAGUGUACCUCGAGAUUCAGGAGCAAUGCUUGGCUUGAAGGUUGUAGGAGGAAAGAUGACUGAAUCAGGUCGGCUUUGUGCAUUUAUUACCAAAGUAAAAAAAGGAAGUUUAGCAGAUACUGUAGGGCAUCUUAGACCAGGCGAUGAAGUGUUAGAAUGGAAUGGAAGGCUAUUGCAAGGAGCCACAUUUGAAGAAGUAUAUAAUAUCAUUCUGGAAUCCAAACCUGAACCACAAGUGGAGCUUGUUGUUUCAAGGCCUAUUGGAGAUAUACCUAGAAUACCUGAUAGCACACAUCCACAACUGGAGUCCAGUUCUAGCUCAUUCGAAUCUCAAAAAAUGGAUCGUCCUUCUAUUUCCGUUACCUCUCCCAUGAGUCCUGGCAUGUUGAGGGAUGUUCCACAGUUCUUAUCUGGACAACUUUCAAGCCAAAGCCUUAGUAGAAGAACAACGCCUUUUGUUCCUAGGGUUCAGAUAAAACUAUGGUUUGACAAGGUUGGUCACCAAUUAAUAGUUACAAUUUUGGGAGCAAAGGAUCUCCCUUCCAGGGACGAUGGGAGGCCAAGGAAUCCUUAUGUUAAAAUUUACUUUCUUCCAGACAGAAGUGAUAAAAACAAGAGAAGAACUAAAACUGUAAAGAAAACAUUGGAACCCAAAUGGAACCAAACAUUCAUUUACUCUCCAGUCCACCGAAGAGAAUUUCGGGAACGAAUGUUGGAGAUUACUCUUUGGGAUCAAGCGCGAGUUCGAGAGGAAGAAAGUGAAUUCUUAGGAGAGAUUUUAAUUGAAUUAGAAACAGCAUUAUUAGAUGAUGAGCCACAUUGGUACAAACUUCAGACCCAUGAUGUUUCUUCAUUACCACUUCCACAUCCUUCUCCAUACAUGCCACGACGACAGCUUCAUGGAGAAAGCCCAACACGGAGGUUGCAAAGGUCGAAGAGAAUAAGUGAUAGUGAAGUCUCUGACUAUGACUGUGAUGAUGGAAUUGGAGUAGUAUCAGACUAUCGACACAAUGGUCGAGAUCUUCAAAGCUCAACAUUAUCAGUGCCAGAACAAGUAAUGUCAUCAAACCAUUGUUCACCAUCAGGGUCUCCUCACCGAGUAGAUGUUAUAGGAAGGACUAGGUCAUGGUCACCCAGCGUCCCUCCUCCACAAAGUCGGAAUGUGGAACAGGGACUUCGAGGGACACGCUCCACUACCGGACAUUAUAACACAAUUAGCCGAAUGGAUAGACAUCGUGUCAUGGAUGACCAUUAUUCUCCAGAUAGAGACAGGGAUUGUGAAGCAGCAGAUAGACAGCCAUAUCACAGAUCCAGAUCAGCAGAACAGCGGCCUCUCCUAGAGCGGACCACCACCCGCUCCAGAUCCACUGAACGUCCUGAUACAAACCUCAUGAGGUCGAUGCCUUCAUUAAUGACUGGAAGAUCUGCCCCUCCUUCACCUGCCUUAUCGAGGUCUCAUCCUCGUACUGGGUCUGUCCAAACAAGCCCAUCAAGUACACCAGUGGCAGGACGAAGGGGCCGACAACUUCCACAGCUUCCGCCAAAGGGAACAUUGGAGAGAAACAAUGGAGUCAAGGAGAUAGAACCUUAUGAAGGUGCUAUGGAUAUAGAGGAGAGAAAUCGCCAAAUGAAAAUUAACAAAUACAAACAGGUAGCCGGAUCAGAUUCCAGACUGGAACAAGAUUACCAUGCGAAGUAUCGAUCAGGAUGGGAUCCUCAUAGAGGGGCAGAUAAUAUUUCCACUAAAUCUUCGGACAGUGAUGUAAGUGAUAUAUCUGCGGUUUCAAGGACUAGUAGUGCUUCUCGUUUCAGCAGCACAAGCUACAUGUCUGUCCAAUCAGAACGGCCAAGAGGAAACAAGAAAAUCAGUGUCUUUACGUCCAAAAUGCAGAGCAGACAAAUGGGCGUCUCAGGGAAGAACAUGACUAAGAGCACCAGCAUCAGCGGGGACAUGUGCUCGCUGGAGAAGAACGACGGCAGCCAGUCGGACACUGCAGUGGGCGCCUUGGGCACCAGCGGCAAAAAGCGGCGCUCCAGCAUUGGGGCCAAAAUGGUAGCUAUUGUUGGUCUCUCCCGGAAAAGUCGCAGCGCUUCUCAGCUCAGCCAGACAGAAGCAGGAGGUAAAAAGCUACGGAGCACUGUCCAAAGAAGUACAGAGACGGGCCUGGCUGUGGAAAUGAGGAACUGGAUGACUCGACAGGCAAGCCGAGAGUCCACAGAUGGCAGCAUGAACAGCUACAGCUCAGAAGGAAAUCUGAUUUUCCCUGGUGUCCGUUUGGCCUCUGAUAGCCAGUUCAGCGAUUUUCUGGAUGGCCUUGGCCCUGCCCAGCUAGUGGGGCGUCAGACUCUGGCUACACCUGCAAUGGGUGACAUUCAGGUAGGAAUGAUGGACAAAAAGGGACAGUUGGAGGUGGAAAUCAUUCGGGCCCGUGGCCUCGUUGUAAAACCAGGUUCCAAGACACUGCCAGCACCGUAUGUAAAGGUGUAUCUGUUAGAUAAUGGAGUCUGCAUAGCCAAAAAGAAAACAAAAGUGGCAAGAAAAACGCUGGAACCCCUUUACCAGCAGCUGUUAUCUUUUGAAGAGAGCCCCCAAGGAAAGGUUUUACAGAUCAUUGUCUGGGGAGAUUACGGCCGCAUGGAUCACAAAUCUUUUAUGGGAGUGGCCCAGAUACUUUUAGAUGAACUGGAGCUAUCCAAUAUGGUGAUUGGAUGGUUCAAACUCUUCCCCCCUUCCUCCCUAGUAGAUCCAACCUUGGCCCCUCUGACAAGAAGAGCUUCCCAGUCAUCCCUGGAAAGUUCAACCGGACCUUCCUACUCUCGUUCAUAGCAGCUGUAAAACUGUUGUCAUAGCAACCAGCGUUACAAAAAAAAAAAAUCACAGGUCGCAAACCCUGGUAACACUGCAUGCUUAAUGUUGUGUCUUCUGAGCCUGUUUCUAGGGAUACGAAGCGAUCCUGUGUUCUCAGAGGAAGUUGCACACAUUGUGCCCUAAAGAAGGCCCUCAGGCGACAGAGCGGAGCUGUGAAGAACUGUCAGGUUUGGAGUUCAAUUAAUACUCAAGUUUUGGUCCAAUCCGAAGCCAUGGAUUAAUCUCAAAGAAUCAGUCAGUUUCAUGCAACAAAAGCCCUUUUCAAUGGCACCUUUAUAUUUUUAUCGUUCCUUUUUCUUCAUUUCUCUGACCCCAAAGCGCGGUUAUGCCACAGAAAUGGAGCUAUACAGCCAUUAAGCCACGUUACCAGUCAAGGAGUAAAGUCCCAGGUGAAAAGCAGGAGACCAAAGAAGUGGUCCAGGACAGGACAUCGGCUCCUGCGGACGGUGACCAGGAGCAGCCGGUCCAGCGCGGACAGUGGCAGACCUCAGAGCCCCAGCAGGCACGUGAUUCACUAAGGCCAAGAUGUGCUGGACUCUGAAAAACAAAAUUCUGUGGCUACACUGUACUGAAUGAAACUAAAGAAACUUUUUUUGCAUGGACACAGAUUAGCUGAAUACUUAAAUUAUUUUCUUGGGGCUGCAACUUGCAAAAAAAUAAAAUAAAAUAAAAAUCAGCCAUUUUCAAAAAUUUAUAUUAUUUUUAAAAAUAAAUUUCACUAGUGCAUGGUUUUAAAAACGGGGCGAGAAUGCAACAGGGUGAUACAAAGACACACCAUGUUUAUUCUUUAAUCGGAGUCUGUGUUUUGGCAGACAUUACAAAUGAAAUACUUUCUAGAAGAUAAAGUUCUCUUUAUGUGACAAGUAUAUAUUCGAUUUAUUUCCAUGUUAAAUAUACGAAUCUAAUGAAGUUCAGUAUGUGCGCAUUGUUCACAUCUUUCUUCCUCUAUCUCACUUUUCCUCUUCUCCCUCCUUUAAUCUUUUAUUUUCUUUCUCCCUACCAGAGUGAACAUUAGCCUAAAAAAUAACAUGUUUUUGACAUGAUAUACUGUCUUAUACCCACGUUUGAUUCAGAGCUGUAAAUGCUUCUGAAUUUAUGAAUUUCUCAAGGGGAAAAAAAACUAUGUAAGAGCUUUCUUUAUUUCAAGCAUGUUGAAAAGGAUUUUGCAACAUGACUUGGGAGUGCAUUAAAGUAAGUCAGCAUGUAUUUGAUAAAGAAGAUAUUUGAACUUUUGCAAUUUACUGUACAGUGCAUGGUAAUUUUAUUUUCACCUUCAAAGUUCAGUUUACAAAAAAAUUCUAAAAUCACGUGGCCAUUGUAAUGUCUAACACAUUUGUUUUUAGCACCAGCAUUAUUCAUACAGGGGUUAAAGUAUUAUUUCUAGAAGGUCUUAGGUUUCGUUUUUAAUUAAUUAAAACGAUUUCUUUAGCCAAUUUCCAUUUACUAUGUGAAUGGAAACACUCCUGAAACUUUGGAGCCCUGAAACACAGGGCUGUUUAUUAAUUCAAUUUUCUGUAGUAAAAUUCAAUUUUUCACAAAUUAUAUUUCUAAAGAAAUAUAGUAAACAUGAAUUUGCAACAAAUAAUUUUAAAGCUCUAAUUUUUAGAUGACUCAAAGAAAGUCAGUCUGCCUAUCAAUAGUUCUUUGAUGCCAUCACCAAAAGUCUACAUGCAAAUUCCCGGAAGUUAAACCCCUGCCUUUGGUUUGACAGACAGUUGUUACCGUUGGGUGGUGCUCAAGGUCAAAUUUCUCUGAAGUUCUCCUUCUUAGAGGAAAAGUCACUGGUUAAUGUAAUAAAUCACCCAUACUUUCUGUUUCUGUAAUGUACACUUUGAUGACACAUUCUUAUUGGUUGACUUUAAUUUCUUGCAAUUACUUUUGAAAUCCACAUACAUAACAUUUCUUCAAGGCCAUGCACAAAAAAUAUUUUAUUAUUAUUUCUAUUAUUAUUAUUAUUAUUAUUAUUAUUAUUCCUUUUUAAAUUCACUGCUGACCAUUGAAAACUAUCAUGUUUGAUAUGGUGCAAAAGUUAAAAUGAGUAUCACUAAAAAUGCCUUCUCUCUAUGUGGUGCAAUAUGAAAUACACUGAGACUGUGUAUUGACGUUCUGAGAUCUCUGAUGGACCCGGAUAGAGUUGUUCAAAGAAUGAAUAAAACUUUAUUGAAAUAAUUUAGACACUUGUGUACCAGCAACAAUUGAUUUAAUAGACCUAGAGUGUCUAUACUCUCCCUUAGAAUAAACGUUUACCAUUUUCCUGAUACUAAGAUGCAGUCACAUAAUCUUUUGUGCAUAUUCCUAUAUAAAUUAUUUCUAAUUUUAAUAAGAAGGACAUGACUGUAUGGAAUAUUUGUACAUACUCGUUAUUAUGCAGUAUUUACUUAAAAGUUGGUGUAUUUUUUUUUUAAUUUUCACCUAUCUACACCUCAACUUGUGGUUUAGUCAUGUAAAUAGCACUAUUCCAGUGACCAUCGCUGCCCUGUACAUAGUAUGUUUUAAAAGUAAAGGGAAUUCCAGUUGGAAAAAAUAAAGGGUCGAUUAGUCCUGUAAUGAACACCAACUAAUGUAAGUCAAAUUCAUUCUGGUGAUGGUAUUUAACACUUUAAAAUAAAACGUUUUCUUUAA